AUGACCUCUCAUAUGUUUAUGGGAUGUAUCAUCGUUUCCUCGUUCCAAGUGAGGCACGGUCAACCUGCACGUGCAUCUGAGGGGCCUCCCACACCUUGGACACACUGGGAUUUGACGGGAGACCUGCUGCAAGAGGAAAACCACACCAGCACACAGAUUAUAGAUGUGGAUCACGUCUAUUACACCUCAAAGAUCUUCAGUCCCUCAGACGCAGAGCUGUGGGUGAACUUCACUCAGGAAACAUGGAAGAACCUCAGCUCGCUGCCAAAGCUGCAGCGACAGGUCCAGCGAGUGUAUCUUUCCUUUGAAUUCCCCUUCUACGGCCAUCUCCUGAAGGCCGUGACCGUUGCCUCUGGGGGUUUUAUUUACACUGGAGAAAUGAUGCACCAGCCGCUCACAUCCACGCAGUACAUCGCUCCUCUGAUGGCCGACUUCGACCCGAGUCUCUCCCACGACUCCUUCGUGUUUUACGGAGAUAACGGCACAGCUCUGGUGGUGCAGUGGAGCCACCUUUACCUCCAGGACAACUCCAGACUGGGACCUUUCACUUUCCAGGUUGCGCUGCAUCAAGACGGCCGCAUCCUGUUCACAUACAAACAGGUCCCGGUGGACGUCAGCCUCAUCAGCACUGAGCACCAUCCAGUAAGAGUCGGUUUGUCUGAUGCUUUUGUGGUGCAGCACCAGAUAGAGCAGAUUCCAAAUGUCCGGAGGAAAACCUUUUAUGAAUAUCACAAAGUGGACAUUCUCAAGUCCUCGGUCUCCAGUCACACCGGCGUCGAAAUGUUUCCUCUUCCCACUUGCCUCCAGUUCUCCAGCUGUGGUUCCUGUGUCUCGUCUCAGAUCGGAUUCAACUGUAGCUGGUGCAGUCGACUUCAGAGAUGUUCCAGUGGUUUUGACCGAAGCCGUCAGGACUGGGUGGACCACGGCUGUCUGGACGAGAAGCGUGACCCACGGUGUGUCCAGGCUCCAGGCCCCUCUGAGGCCCUACCCUCCACGCAAAGCACCACCCCUGUCCUGUCCGCAGCCACAGAAGACCCCCACAGCGGCCAGGGAGCAGCCAACACCUCCCUCAACAGCAUGGUCAUGAGGGGGGCUGCAGCCAAGCAAUCCACCGCUGAAGGUCUCGAGGUCCCAGGCAAUGUGCAGGUGGGUCUCGUGGUGGGCGUGGCCGUGGGGACUGUCGCCGUAACAACAGCCGUACUUCUGGCUGUAUACAUAUACAUGCACCCGACCUCGAGCCUCAGCCUGUUCUUCUUGGAGCGGCGUCCCACUCAAUGGCCCAUCCUGAGGUUUCGGCGCGGCUCCGGUCGGCCCUCUUACGCAGAAGUGGAGCACGCGGGACUCGACCAGGACACUUCUGUGGUCAUCGACCCCAAACAGGUCUUCAUCAUCUCAGACCGACGAGAGAGUGAGCAGAAGGAGGGCUUUGUCGUCUCAGACCAACGAGAGCGCUUCCUGUCAGACAAAUGCUAG